AUGAGGUUAUUCGCGGCGUAUUCCCGCCACUCUGCGCUGCUCCUCCGCCGGGGCAGCAGCGGCGUCGUCGCGAGGUCGACGAGGAGCAUUCACAACGUCACGGUCGGCCGCAUCAGGACACAUGGCCUCCUCGCCCGGCGCAGGCCGACACUUCCGCGGCAGCCGCAGCAGCACGGCUUCUUCACCUCCAGCGACAAAGGCUCGGAACCCGACAGCAAGAAGACGACUUCGUUCCCCGUCGCGCGGUUGAACCUCGUUCCUACGGAUCCGAAGAACGCGCCGAACGGCGUCCCCGAGGAGGACGGAAAGAGCAAAGGCGCCGACGAGACGGCGUGGUAUAACUUCGCGCUCAAAUUUGAGAGCCUGUCCGAUGCUACCGAUGUCGAGUGGAGUGCCGACAAGAUUGUCGGCUUCAUCCUGCCGGAAUGGUCCAAGUUCGUUCCCGGGUACAUCCGGAAACUCCAGAGAGAGCUGUCCAUGUCUCCUGGGUCUCUCGCCGACGAGAUCUGGCAGGAGGCUCAUGAUCCGUUCAUCAACCCAGAAGUGCAGUACGCUGCUCAGGUCAGGGUGUCCAACGAACUUUGCGACGAGGAGAAGGAAUUCUUAUCCAGGAGGAAGAGGGUUACGACCAUGGCCCUCGCCAAGUACCUCGACAUUGACGAGAAGGAUGUCCACCCAGAAGACGUCCCGACCAUCGCCAUGUGCGGCUCCGGAGGUGGUUUGAGAGCUCUGGUUGCGGGCACCGGCUCUAUGCUCGCUGCCGACGAGGACGGCCUCUUUGACUGUAUUACUUACACCUCCGGAGUCAGCGGCUCAUGCUGGCUGCAGACUCUAUACCAUUCAUCUAUAUCAGAGGGCAGCCUUGGCCGAGUCCUACAGCAUUUGAAGGCUCGCGCAGGGGUGCACAUCGCAUACCCGCCGGUCGCUUUCCAGACUUUGCUCUCUGCACCAACCAGCAAGUAUCUUCUCAGCGGUCUGGUUGAAAAGCUUAAAGGUGACCCGAACAGCCAAUUUGGACUGGUCGAUGUGUACGGUCUACUCUUGGCAGCCAGAUACUUGGUCCCGAAAGGCGACUUGGAAGUGAAUGACCGAGACUUCAAGCUAUCCAACCAGCAGAAGUACAUUAAGUACGGCCAAAACCCAUUGCCGAUUUACACAGCCGUCCGCCAUGAGAUUCCCGACGUGGACGUUGAUGGAACCGAGGGCGUUCCGUCCACUUCGGAAGCAGCCAAGGAGAUCGCCAAGCAGGAAGCCUGGUUCCAGUGGUUCGAGAUCACGCCCUACGAGUUCUUCUGCGAGGAGUUCUCUGCCGGUAUUCCUACCUGGGCGAUGGGUCGACGUUUCAACAACGGUGUCGAUGUCCCGCCCGAGGAGGGUUUUCACCUGCCCGAGACUCGUAUGCCGUUCCUUUUGGGCGUUUUCGGCAGUGCCUUCUGCGCAACCCUCAGCCACUACUAUCACGAAAUCAGACCGCUCGUGCAGAGCUUGACAGGCUUCGGUACUCUGGACGAAAUGAUCUCUGGCUACAACGACGAUCUGAGCAAAGUCCAUCCCAUCGAUCCUGGCACUGUAGCCAACUUUGCGUACGGAAUGGACGGCAAGCUGCCAAAGACGACACCCAAGAGCGUCCUCAAUACGGAGUACAUCCAGCUCAUGGACGCCGGAAUGUCCAACAAUCUCCCGAUCUACCCCCUCCUGCGACCCGGCAGAGACGUCGAUGUCAUCGUUGCCUUCGACGCCUCGGCAGACAUCAAAACAGACAACUGGCUCGCGGUCGCUGACGGAUACGCUCGCCAGCGCGGAAUCAAAGGAUGGCCAGUGGGCGUCGGCUGGCCCAAGGCAGGAGAAUCCUCCAAGCAGGUCAGCGAGGAACUCAAGGAAGCCGAGGCCGCGAGCUCGCGCGAGGCGGACCAGAAGCUUCACGAGGCCCAGCAGCACCAGAUCGAGCACCAAGCCGAGGAGGACAAACCGCGGCCUGACGAUAACACGAAGAAGGGCCAGGCCGCCAAGUUCACGCCCGGAGACGAGGAGUCUGGCGAGCUGGGCUACUGCACCGUCUGGGUGGGAACCACGCAGGAGCGCUCUUCGGAGCCUUCGCCCCCGUCCAAGGCCCUCGACCAGUCGACCCACUGGCAACUCACGGAGCCCGACGCCGGCAUCGCCAUCGUCUACCUGCCAUACCUGGCGAACCCCAAGGUCCCCGGCAUCAACCCGGGAACGACCGAUUACCUGAGCACGUGGAACUUCGUGUACACGCCGGAGCAGAUCGACAAUGUCGUCGCGCUGGCGCGGGCCAACUACGCCGAGGGGCGGGAGCAGAUACGCGGCACCGUCAGGGCCGUCUACGAGCGCAAGAGGAAGCUUAGGCUGGAGAGGGAGGCGAAGGCGAAGAAGGAUCGGUACAGGAGGCUGGUGCAGAGGGGGAUGGCGCACAAGCUUGGGGAGGGCGAUCAGUUUAGCUGA